AUGGGCAGACGACAACCCCUAAGGGCAACAGUGGGGCACGGAGUUAUGGAUUUGGUCAUUUUGGCCACGAUCCUUCUAGCCCAAACCCAUGCUUACAUCCUCAACCAUAACAACCUAUCAACACUAAGUGCAGUAACACAACAGCUGCAAUACUCUAGAUCGCACAAAAAUGAUAAGCACUGCAAAUUGUUCUCGUCACAACAGGUAUGUUCGCUCCCUACUUCCAACACUCUGAGACAAAUUGCCAGCCCUUCCGCAAAAAAAGACAAUGGGAUCAGACCCCGCAUUCAAAGCCUUAGAAGCACUACAGAUGAUAAUCAGAUCUAUGACGACAAAAUUGGUGAUGAAGAUUAUGAGGGCGAUGACUAUGAAUCUGACUACGAAAAUACCGAGUCUGAUGGGUUGAGUGAUUAUGCAUCCGAUGUAGAUACCCCUGAACCAUUUGAGUACAAUUCCCGUGGUGAACUUUAUGUGCCUGCUAUCCAGCGCCUCCAACGAAGAAGGUCCACAAAGUCCAUCAGGAAGAUCUUUAGAGAGACAUUGGUAAAUACUUCAAACAUUAUUCUCCCUUUAAUAGUACACUCGGACUCUACUAGCACAGAUGACGAUGGCAUAACCGUGUACUCCUCCAAUGAUGCAAUUAGCAAGGUUAUGGAAGCAAAAAAAAAGGGCAUAACUACUUUCUUACUAAUUCCCAGGGUAGACGAUAAGCUCAAGAGCCCUUCGGCCAAUGAAGGUUACAACCACGAGGGCAUGCUUCCUUUGCUUAUAUCUAACAUAAAAGAUAAGAUUCCUAAUGUCAACAUAAUUGCGGAUGCAAAUGUAUCUCAUUAUACGCACGAGGGUUAUGAUGGAUUGGUUACUAUACCAGGGAAAAUCGACAAUGAUGCCACGGUGCAACAGGUGGCCAGGCAGGCUGUCACACUAGCUGAGGCUGGCGCUGACAUGAUUUCCAUUUCCGACAUCCUUGACGGUACAACGUCCAUUACACGUGAGAUACUCGACAUGGAGGGGUUUACUGAUGUAGGCCUUGUGGCACACGUGGCAAAGUAUUCCUCUACAAUGUUACGCCGCAAUUCCAAUGGACAUGACGAAAAGAUUGAGGUUGAUAAGAUGACGUAUCUAAAUGAUCCAUCGAACACCUCAGAUGUGCUAAUGAAGUUAACAGAAUUGGGCGCAUCUGAUGCUGUUACGGUCGAACCUUCAAUGCUUUAUAUGGACUUGAUAUCAAAAGUGAAGAAAAUGACAAGCUUACCUGUAAUUGCGUAUCAGUCCAUUGGCGAGGUUAAACUGAUUAAGGCGGCUUGUGCCGCUAAUGUAGUCCCUGAGAAAAAUUUUGUCUUUGAGUACUUGAAAUCUUGCGGGAGGGCAGGUGCUGAUUUGAUAAUUACCCAUUAUGCUGAAAGCAUAGCCCAGUGGCUGCAGGAUGAUAUGCAGCAGAAUGGGCAGCUAAACGUCUCACUAUCAAUCUGA